AAGAGAAAGGUUGUUACAUUUAUCGCACGUUGCAUUUUUAGUUAAGUCGUCUAACGGUGUAGCAGGUGGUUUACUGCUUGUAAACAUUAACUCAGUGCUACGUCGACCAUGGAUGACCAUAUAGCUGCCAUGUGUGAACAGCUUAUUAAGGCUGUGAACGUAACCAUGGAUGCGGAAUCGAGUCAAAUAUACCGUCUGGAGGCCCUUAAGUUUUUCGAGGAGUUUAAAGACAAAAGUCAACUGUGUGUCCCAUGCGCCUUACGUCUAGCCGAUAAAGCCCAGCCUGCUGUAAUCAGGCAUUUUGGGUUGCAAGUUUUUGAACAUGUCAUCAAGUUCCGAUGGAACGAUAUGCAACAACCAGAGAAAAUCCAGGUCAAAGACUGCACCAUGCAACUGUUGUCAAACGGUACACAUUCGAUCCUGGAGGAGGAAACCUACAUCAAGGAUGUUCUCUCUCGUGUGGUGGUGGAAAUGAUCAAGAGGGAAUGGCCGCAAAAUUGGCCGAAUAUGCUUAAGGAGAUGGAAACUCUUUCGAGCGAAGGGGAGGCCCAGACGGAGUUGGUGAUGCUGAUCUUGCUGAGGCUGGCGGAGGAUGUGAUCACCUUCCAGACGCUGCCUAACCAGCGCCGCCGAGACAUCCAGCAGACGCUCUCGCGAAACAUGGACAGCAUCUUCAGCUUCCUCAUGAGCAUUCUACACCAAAACAUCGAAGAGUACCAAAAAAUGAAAGGGUCGCCACAACAUGAAAUAAAGGCCAGGGCUCACUGCAAAGUGGCCGUGGCGACCCUGAACACGCUGGCCGGCUACAUCGACUGGGUGUCUCUGGUAUACAUCACAUCGGGCAAUUGUCGUCUGCUGGAGAGCUUGUGUCUGCUGCUGAGCGAGCCGGACCUUCAGCUGGAGGCGGCCGAGUGCCUCCUGAUCGCCAUCAGCCGCAAGGGCAAGCUGGAGGAAAGGAAACCGUUUAUGCUGCUCUUUGAUGACGUCGCCAUCAAUUAUAUGCUUUCUGCAGCCCAGUCAGCAGAUUGCUCAGCCUCCUCUAAAACGCAACCAAUUGAGAUGAUGGAGCGGCACUACGUGUUCCUCAAGAGACUGUGUCAGGUGCUGUGUGCACUGGGAACCCAGCUCAUCUCACUGGUGGGUUCUGAUGUCAAAGUGAACGUUCCUGUAAACCUCAGCAAGUACUUGGAAGCCUUGUUGUCUUUCACGAUACAUUCCAGCUUGUUUCUGAGGUCGUCCACCAUGGCUACGUGGACGUCCAUGUUCAAACACGAGACGCUCUCCCAGCAGCCCGUUGUUGUGGAAGUGGCCCUCAAGUUCCUCAGGACGGCCAUUAGCAACCUCCUCAAGAUGGGUUUCCCUACCAGGAACGAUCACCCGAGUUGUCAGUAUUCCCGUGUGGACUUUGACAGUGACGAAGAUUUCAGAUAUUUCUUUAGCUUGUUCCGCGCUCAACUGGGAGAGAACGUGAGGUGCGCAAGUCGCCUCGUUCCCUUGGAGGCUUUUCAGAUGGCCGCAACGUCGCUGCAAUACCAGCUGGGCAAUGCCGCUCCUCUGGUCGACGGGCGCUGCUCGCUUUUCUCCACGCCACUGCUGGAGUGGGACGCCGUGACCGUGUUCGUUGAAUGCGUGUUGUCUCAGAUGUUUAAUAGCCUCGCGGACGAGAAGUUGCCCGUGGACGGCGGCGGCGAGCUGCUGCAGGCCGUGCUGAGCUACAACACCCAAGAUCCUCUCAUCAUGUCCUGCGUGAUCAGCAACAUGUCGGCGCUCUUCCCCUUCGUCAAGCACAGACUCCAGUUCUUGCCUCGGGUCCUUUGCAAGCUGUUUGAAAUUCUUACAUUUGAGGCUGUUCAAGAAAAUCAGGAAGUCAAGGCACCACGCACCCGAGGUGUAAAUAACGUGAGGAGGCACUCGUCCUGUGCCAUCAUCAAAAUUUGCAGAGAUUUCCCACAGUUGAUUUUGUCUUAUUUCGACAUGUUUUACAACCACGUGAAGACGCUGUUCUCCAGCGACGCCACGCUUACCGUUUUGCAGAAAUACGCCCUGGUGGAGUCUCUGGUGCUGAUCAGUAAUGAGUUCAAGGAUUAUGAGAAGCAGAAGGCUUUCUUAGAUGAGCUGCUGGCCUCCAUGAUGGCUGACUGGACCUCAAGCGCUACCAAGCUAGUGCUUUCCACUCCCGCCCUGUUCUUAUCCUUCGUCGGAGCCGACCAGGUUGCCAGCGAGCAGCACCAAGAAGAGGACCCUGUCGGUACCAACAGGGGGAGGCUGGGCUACUGUUUGAGUUGCAUGUUGGCCGUGGUGAAGCGGUCGCGCUGUCCCGCCGACCCGGAAGCCGCCAAGGCCGCAGGCUUCCUCGUGGGCCACUCGCCGUCGGGCUCUCCCAUCUACAGAAACCCCUGCGCCCCCCAGUUUUUUGCUUUCCUGCCUAACCUUCUGGCUCUCAUCAAAACUUUAAACAGUUUGUUUGCGCCGGAGAACAGAGCUCACCUGAGCGAGAACUUCACCGGAGUGUUCGACCUGACGGAAGGAGAGAAGAAUGUGGUUCUCGGUCUGUCUCAAAGCGUUCUGGAUUUGUACGACACGCCGGCAUUCAAAACCAACCUGGAGCGCAUGCAGUUCUUUCUCACCCAGCUGUACGACAACUGUUUCCAAAUCCUGGGAAACGCCGGCGUCUCACUGCAGCAGGAGUUCUUCGACAUCGACAGGCUGGCCGAAGAAAUCUCCGCUUCGGUUUUCUUCUCCCUCGACCACGUGCCGGACUACAGACUUCGACCCAUCAUUCGCUUUUUUCUAAAGCAUAUGGUGGUGUCGUGUCCAGCCAAAUACAACGACAGUCUCCUCUGCCCCCUGCUCGGCCCGCUCUUCAACUACGUUCUGCAGCGAUUAAACGUGAAGUGGCAAGUCAUUCUCCAGAGGGCUUCUGUCAAUGGUGAGGAGGAAGAGGAGGUGGUAGUGAGUCAGGAGAGUCAAGUGACAGAGGAGAUGUUGGAGGAGCAGCUGGUGCGUCUUCUCACCAGGGACAUACUGGAUUUCAUCACUGCAUGCUGCAUUUCAAGGAAAUGUCCCGAAACUGCUGUCAAACAGGAGGAAAUAGAAGAGGAGGACAUGAUGAUGGAUGCUCCGCAGGCAUCAUCUACUGCCGCGGUCACGAAUGAGCUCACUGAGCUGGGGAAAAGCCUCAUGAAGGAUGAGAACAUCUACAUGACCCUGUUGUCCUUUUCCUUCACCUCGCUGUCAUGGAAGGACGCCACGUACUGCCACCGCACGGCUUCCAUCAUCUGCUGGACCCUUCUGCGGCCGGUGGUUGGAUGUAACCUUCUUCCUGAGGCGGUCUCUUGGUUCUUCGUCAGUGUCCUCAAAGGCCUCCAGACACACGGGCAGCACGAGGUGUGCAGCGUCAGCCUCUCUCUGCUGGCCAUGCAACUCUACGAAAACCUGCGCGGUCGUUACACAGAUCUGAGGACGGUGAUGACCCAGAUCCCCAAUAUCAAUAUUGAGUCCCUGGACAUGUACGAUCGCGGGCUGCUGGAGCCCACUGCGCAGAAGCUCAGCGAGAAGAAGAGGAAAGAAAAGUUCAAGAGACUCAUCGCUGGGACCGUUGGGAAAGCUCUGUGCCAGCAGUUCAGGAAAGAAGUCCACAUCCGGAAUCUUCCAUCUCUCUAUAAGAAGGCGAAGCCAGACAGGGAUUUGCUGUGCAGUGACGAGGCGACCGGGCUCACGGCGCUCUUCAGCCACAGAGAAUAACUUUUUGGAGGAGGAGGAGGCGACAGCUUCUCUAAUGAACUCAGAGCUCGAGGUGUGCUGCUCUCAAUAUAUCGUUAACCUAAACGUUUAAUUCCCCGCGAAAAA